AUGGAGUCAAAUAGAGUGGACGAGCUUCGACUUCAGGCGCGGAAGAAAUUCUGGAUAGCCGCGUGGAAUGGCAUUUCACACCUCAUGGACGACGUAUCCGAUGCUUGGAGAGGCCCGAACGCGCGGAGUUAUAGAUUUGAAAAGGACCUCAUCAUGGAGCAUGUCGACCCUUUGUAUAAGGGUCUCUUUGUUUCAUGCCUGUUUUUCGCCACAUUCCGAAUAACUGGCAGCCGAUGGUACGCAGUCAAUGUACUGAAGGAACAUCUCCCUACACCAAGCAUCGAGAAGUCGUCCAAAGAAGGCUGGAAGAGCUAUCUCGAUCGAGAAGCAGAAAAGAAUCUUUCCAAGUUAAUGCCUGAACAUUUACGUCAACUACCGUUCGAUUUGUUUCUGAGUCUUGUUUGCGGUAUAUCAUCCUCUAUUAUUCUAUCAAAGCCUUCCAAAAUGCAGCAGGAUCUAGCUCGGGCACCGCUUCUUCCCGGCCGAAGUCUAAUACAUCAAAACAUAUGUCCCGAACUAAUUCGAGCAUAUUCCGCUAUCGACAAUAACGUUUUUGCCGACAACCUAGAAGACGAGACAUUGCAAACGUUUCAAAAGGUGACCGAGGCCUGUAGAAUCCGUACAAAGUUUCUUCAAGAAAUGCAGCAUGCGUCAAGAGAGAAAUCGGAUGAUUUUGUCCCUUAUCCUGGCUUGAAAUUAACUGACAGUGAACGUUAGUCAGAGACGUCGGGAAACAAAGAGUUUUGACUCUCUGCCGUCUUAAGCAAGUUGUCGUUAA